AUGAAUCUAAGGAAAGCAAAAGUCGACACAGAUCCGAACGCCUUCCCGACGAGGCAGCUAACGAUUCUCGCAAUAUGUCGAUUCUCUGAGCCCAUCGCAUUCAAUUCCAUCCUGGCCUACACAUUUUUGAUGGUCAAGGAUUUGGGAAUUGAUGAGAAAGAUGCUUCAUUUUACGCGGGAUUGCUCGUCUCGGCAUAUGCGCUCGCCGAGGCGCUGACUUCUAUGGGAUGGGGUAUUUUGUCGGAUCGCAUUGGGCGAAAGCCUGUAGUCUUGUUCGGACUCGUCGGUGUCGCUAUCUCCAGUCUUAUCUUCGGUCUGGCAAAGUCUUACUGGGUUGCUCUUUUGGCACGAUUUGUGGGCGGCGCCCUCAAUGGCAACGUCUCUGUCAUGCAGACCAUGGUCGCCGAGAUGGUGAAAUUGCCUGAGCAUGAGCCCAAGGCGUAUGCUGUACAGCCUUUCAUCUGGACUCUUGGCGGCAUCAUCGGCUCCGCCAUGGGAGGAUUCCUUGCCCAACCCGCCUACUGGUACCCUCGAUUCUUCUCCGAAGACGGACUUUUUGGACGAUACCCUUUCUUGCUUCCUAACCUCGUUUCGGUGAUUGUCGUCGUUAUCGCCGUUAUCCAGGGUAUUUUCUUCCUCGAGGAGACCCUCGUCAGACCUGGCGAGGAGGCCGAGAAUGCCGCCCUCAACUACCAGGAUAUUCCCGUUGUCGACGACCUGGAGUCCAUCGACGAGAGAACUCCUCUCCACGGACGCGUCCGAAACCAGUACCGAAGCUCUGUUUCUCGCAGCCGUAUGCGACACAUGUCUCCCUCGACCAGCCGAUCGCGCCCCCGCUUCGCAGAGUCCAGUUUGGGUAUGGCUGUUGAACACGACUUCAUCGAUCUGCGUCGAUCUUCCUUUGGAACCGUGCAUUCUGUCCUACUGCCCCAGGAUCUCCUGACACCGCCCAACGAGGAGCAGGAGAAUGAGUCCCAGUCGGGCGAGAAGACGUUCAACUAUACCGUCAUGAUGCUCAUCGUCUCACUGCUUAUCUUCUCGUACCACCAGAUGGCUGCAAGCAGCCUUCUUGCCACGUAUCUACUCGACGAGCCCUCGGAGACACGCGGAACACUUGACUUGGUCGGUGGUCUCGGUUACACCGUGCACGACGUCGGAUUGUACUUGGCUGUCAAUGGUGGCUUGGGUCUCCUUAUCCAGGGCGUCGUCUUCCCCAUGUACGUCAGCCGCAUGGGCGUGUGGCACUCUUUCCUCAGCAUGAUUAUUCUCUACCCUGUGUCCUACAUGCUCAUGCCCUUCCUUUCCGCCUUUGCCGAGCCUUGGACCUCUGCAGGCAUCUACCUAUCGCUUUUGAUGCAGAGCUUCUGUGGUUUGAUCGUGGCCCCUGUUUGCUUGAUUCUCAUCAAGGAUGCUACCCCUACCCCUGCUGUGCUGGGACGAGUUAACGGUUUGGCCAUGUCUGGUGCUUGCUUGGCGCGUACCAUUGCUCCUCCUCUUGUUGGAGUCUUCUACGCCCUCGCAGGUUCAGUUUUCGCGUGGGUAAGUUGUGUUUUGGUUGCCAUCAUCGGUGCGAUCCAGCUGUUCUGGAUCCCGCGAAGACAGCUCACCAAGGACGAUGUCGUGGUGGAUAACGCCCUUACCACGACCGUUACCAACGAAUCCCGCCGUGGUCGUCGUGGCAGAAAUUCACUGUCAUGA